AAAACACAAAGGAACUUGAGUCUAUUAUUCCAUUCUGUUAUCAAUUAGAAGACCAUCAUCAUAAUAAGCAUUUUGGCCGAUCACUGGUUUUGGUCAUAAUCAUGGUCUGCGUUACCAUUUCAUUGGGUUCUGUUGGAAUUGGAAUAUGCAUUUUCCGUGCCAGGCAUCAUGGCAAGCUUGAAAAUAAGGCCACAAAAAAUGGAGACUUGUUCUCAAUUUGGAACUAUGAUGGCAAAAUUGCAUUUGAGGACAUCAUUGAAGCCACACAGGACUUUGAUAUCAGAUAUUGCAUUGGAACCGGGGCUUAUGGUAGCGUCUACGAAGCGAGACUUCCAAGUGACAAAACUGUUGCAUUAAAGAAGCUUCACAAAACAGAAUCAAAAAAUCCAUCCUAUUACAAGAGCUUCUGCAAUGAAGUUGAGGUCUUGACAGAGAUUCGCCACCGCAACAUCAUUAGGCUUUAUGGCUACUAUUUGCAUAACAGAUGCAUGUUUUUGGUGUACGAAUACUUGGAAAGAGGAAGCUUAUUCUGUAACUUGGCCAACGAGAUGGAAGCACAAGAGUUGAAGUGGAGCAAGAGGGUGAAUAUCAUCAAAGGGACAGCUUAUGCUCUUGCUCACAUGCAUCAUCAUUGUCCUUCUCCUAUUGUUCAUAGAGAUGUCAGCAGCAACAAUGUUCUGCUGAAUUCAGAGUUAGAAGCUUGUGUCUCAGAUUUUAGCACAGCGAGACUUCUUGAUCCUGAUUCAUCUAACCAAACUCUUUUAGUUGGCACUUAUGGAUAUAUUGCUCCAGAAUUGGCAUACACCAUGAGUGUGACUACAAAAUGUGAUGUUUAUAGUUUCGGAGUGGUGGCAUUAGAAACAACGAUGGGUCAUCACCCAAGAGAAUUCAUGUCCACUAUGACAAAGCCAUCUACUCAACAAUUAUUGGUGAAAGAUGUGUUGGAUCCACGGAUUCCACUUCCGAAAUCUCGGAAAGAAAUGCAAGAUGUUGUGCAUGUUGUAAAGCUAGCAUUAGCAUGCCUCUCCUCUGACCCAAAAUCCAGACCAUCAAUGCAGGAUGUGGCUAAUGAGUUUUCAGCUUCCAAGACUUCAAUGAAUUCUUCUUUUUUUUGA